AUGCCCAAACAUUUGCCGCUUUCUUUCACUUCCUGCCCUUUCGUUGAAACUAGUGCUACUGCUUCUGCUACUUCUGCUGUUACAGUCACAACUAUUGCAGCCUUUGCCUUUAGGCUGAAUAGCAUUGUUGCUGUUGGUAUUGUUGUUGUUACUGCUGCUGAUGCCGUUGCUCUAUUUUCGUUUUCAGUCGGCCUUAAGGCUGACUUACAUUCAAUUGCAUCAUCAAGGCGAUUCUGA